GCCAAAGAAAUUAUUGGGUUCUAUUUUUGCCAUGAGCCGCUUCUGGGAUGCAUCAACUUCCACAGUUAACAUAGGGUCAGACAGGAAAUCACAUACGGUAUCAGUGUAAAUCGUCUGGUAAUUUACAGACUGUUGCAAAGACUUAAUUUCGUAGAUUGCGUCAAUACAUGUGACCUAACAGCUUAUUCAUGUUCAGCGUCGUUUGCGAGGUGCACCAAUGUGUUUUUCAUGGUUUUAAUCCUGGCAGUGGAGAGGAACAACAACAUGUAUACAACAUCAAACAGCAAUAUCAAACAUGAUCUUCUUCGUCUUUUCGGUGAAAUGGCGUCUGGCAUUAACAAACCGUGACCUUUGAAGUCUCGAGGGAUUUUGUGAACUUGUGAGUCCAGUGAGGAGGAUGGCAGAGAAACUCCCCUGGUGUGGAUUGACAUUCCAUGGAGCAUGGGAAUAAAUCAUCCCGUUGUUAUUCAGCGCCACCCCCACCCACCAUGAGCAACCUAACGGAACAAACGUAUAGAUAAUGACUAAUAGAAGUAUCCAUAUCCACCUUAUUCCUAGCCCCCAAGAUCCUUUGCAUGAAAUAUGUACCUAUGUACAGCAUUUGUUUACAUUGACACCAUAGUUGGGUGAUGCGAUUUGAACUUAAGCUCCAAAGCUUAUCAGUACCUACAUAGUAAUAGGGUUGGCUGUGUUUUAUUGAAAUAGGUGGGAUACAUUCUCCUUUUCUUAAAAGCAGACAUUCGUCUUCGGUCCCUCGUCAUUACCAAGCCUGAGUUCUAGUUUCUACAUCAGAUGAAAUAAAAACAGCAGGUUGUUUUGUAUUUUACGAUAAUUAGAAUAUGUAUAAUGUUAAACACUGAGUUCUACUUUAACCAUCUGCCUGCGUGUUAAAAGCAUAAUUCAGUCUUAUUUUUAGACUGGGUCUUCAACCACUGAUGUACAGCGAAAGUAGAAUGUCCACGGCGCUCUUGGCUCCACAAAUUUAACUUUCGCCGGAUGCUAGUGCAAAUGUGAAGAAUGCAACAUGCUCUCGAGCCACGCGAGUACAUUUAUCAGGGGCAAAUGGUUUUUAAAAUCUUGAAAUGUUCAAAUGCACUGCUGCAAGAAACGAAACCUCACCAUGCAAACCAGUGGCUAUGCGCUACAGAGGUUGCACCCAAAAUCGUUUCUACUUGAGCCGGCCCAGGAAAAAGGUGAGGUGUGUGUGUGCGUGUGUGUGUGUGUGUGUGAUGGCAACAGUCCAGGCCACACUGGUUCCAGAGCAUGGGGGCCAUGCGUACUCCUGCAGCCGACAGGCCCCAGAAGACCUAUAGAAACCUGUGAUACUAGGAGAUGGACAUGAGCCCAUGAAAGAACACCAGUCUCCAGCCAGAGGGAACCGACUUGGAGCCACUGAGCCAGGAUCCCCCAGUCCAGCACAUUAUUCCUGUAAUUUAUGCAGACCAUCCAGGAGCAAGGCCAUGCUGGCCCUAACAGCCCACAACAUGCAAUGUUUUGUGUUUUUGGUGGAGCCAAAAGCAGCUAGAUAUCAUCGUAAUCACACUAGGAUUUGAUUGGAGAACAUCAGUCGUUUGCAUCAUUACAGCAUAAAGUUCAGCCUUUAUAAACAGGAGUUGCAUUCUUUGGAACAAGAAGAUAAGUUUUGUGAAUACAAUAGUUUUAUUUAAUAAUGAGUGAUUACAUGCAUCUAAUUUCAUUAGUUGUGAUUAUAUUGGGAACUUUUGGAGCAGAGGGUGAAGAUUUUUCUUGUGAGAUGCUGGGCAGCCCAGAUUUUCCUCUGCUGUCUAAGAAAGGAGAUGUUGCUAUAGGAGGAACAUUUUCCCUCUUCUCCCAAAUCUCAAAACCUUCACUCUCCAUGAAUGAACCGCCAGAGCUUCUAAAGUGCACCAGGUUGAAUUUAAGAGAAUUUCGUUUUGCUCAGACAAUGAUAUUUGCCAUUGAGGAGAUCAACAAUAGCAGCUCUCUACUGCCAAAUAUAACAGUCGGUUAUAAAAUAUUUGACAGCUGUGGUUCAACGCUUCCUUCCACACGUUCCGUCAUGGAUCUGAUGAGUGGAGAUGAGAAGAACUUUGCAAAAAAUUGCUCUAGUCAAUCAUCUGUUCAUGCAAUUAUUGGGGCAUCUGAAUCAUCCUCAACUAUAGCAAUGCUGCAAAUUUUGGGAGUCUUUCAAAUACCAGUGAUCAGCCACUUUGCCACAUGUGCUUGUCUCAGUAACAGAAAGGAGUACCCCUCCUUCUUCAGAACCAUUCCCAGUGACUACUACCAAAGCAGAGCACUGGCUAAACUGGUGAAGCACUUCGGAUGGACGUGGGUCGGUGCAGUGAGAAGUAACAACGACUACGGUAACAAUGGGAUGGCAACAUUUAUUACAGCCGCGGGUCAGGAGGGGAUCUGUGUUGAGUACUCUGAGGCCAUCUCAAGGACUGGUUCUACGGAGCAGCUUCAGAAGACGGUCAGAGUGAUCCGUGGAGGAACAUCACAUGUUUUAGUCGCCUUUCUAGCUCAAGGAGAGAUGGAUGUUCUGCUUGAGGAAGCUCUGAGGCAGAACCUGACUGGGCUGCAGUGGGUGGGCAGUGAAUCCUGGAUUACUUCGAGUCACUUGGCUGACCAGAGAUACUCCGGUCUCCUAACAGGGUCGUUGGGCUUUGCAAUAAGAAAGGCUAAAAUCGAAGGCCUGAAAGAGUUUCUUUUACAGGUUAAACCAAGCCAGGACCCCCAGAGCAACAUGUUGAAAGACUUCUGGGAAACAACCUUUGGUUGUAGUUUUCAGUCCGGUUUACGUGGAACAGAACAGUGUUCUGGUUCUGAGAGACUCCAGGACAUAAACAACGUUUUCACUGACGUUUCAGCACUCCGGAUAUCUAACAAUGUGUAUAAGGCUGUGUACGCUGUUGCUCAUGCCAUGCACAGCAUGUUCAAAUGUGGGCAAAAUGGUGAAUCAAUGAAUCACUCUCGCAUUUUAGCCGAUGACAUGGAGCCAACACAGCUUGUGAAACACCUCCAGGAUGUUAAUUUCACGCUCCAGUCAGGAGAGAGAGUGCAUUUUAAUGAAAAUGGAGACCCUGCAGCAACGUAUGAGCUUGUGAACUGGCAGAGAAACCCAGCAGGAGAGACUGUGUUCAUGACUGUAGGGAGCUACGAUGCUUCACUACCAAAUGGAAAACAGUUUACCAUGAAUGGAGUUAAUAUAACAUGGGCAGGGACAUCUUGGGAGAGGCCGUUGUCUGUCUGCAGUGAGAGUUGUCUGCCAGGCUUCCGACAGGCGACGAUUAAAGGCAAACCGAUCUGCUGCUUCUCCUGUGUCACCUGCACUGCUGGAGAGAUCAGCAACUCCACCAAUUCUGCAGAAUGUUCACGGUGUCCAUCAGACUUCUGGUCCAACGAUGACCACAGCAAAUGUGUCCCAAAGGCGGUCGAGUUCCUUUCCUACGGAGAGACGAUGGGGGAUCUUCUCGCUGCUUUCUCCUUGUUUGGAGCCAGUUUAACACUGGUGGUCUCUUUGGUUUUCUUAUGGUUUCGCCACACUCCUCUAGUCAAAGCCAAUAACUCUGAGCUGAGCUUCCUGCUACUCUUCUCCUUGACUCUGUGUUUCCUGUGCUCUUUAGCUUUCAUUGGACAGCCCACUGAGUGGUCCUGCAUGCUGCGCCACACAGCUUUCGGCAUCACGUUUGCUUUAUGUAUUUCAUGUAUUUUAGCUAAAACCAUAACCGUAGUGAUGGCCUUUAGAGCUAAAAGGCCAGCAAACCCCGUUCCUCAGUGUUCUGCUCCUCUCCAGAGAACAAGCGUUCUUGUUUGUACUUCACUUCAGGUUCUGAUUUGUGUGUUAUGGUUAGUGCACGCUCCACCAUUUCCCCUCAGAAACGCACUUCACACUAACAAAAGGAUCAUUCUAGAGUGUGAUUUAGGCUCACCUGUAGCAUUUUGGGUAGUGUUGGGAUAUAUAGGAUUCCUGGCUUUUCUUUGCUUUAUUCUUGCUUUUCUGGCUCGAAAGCUGCCUGAUAAUUUUAAUGAAGCUAAAUGCAUCACCUUCAGCAUGCUGAUAUUCAGUGCAGUCUGGGUGACGUUUAUCCCAGCUUAUAUAAGCUCUCCUGGGAAAUUUACUACAGCUGUAGAAGUGUUUGCUAUUCUGGCCUCAAGCUUUGGGUUGCUUUUCUGUAUUUUUGCCCCAAAGUGUUACAUUCUACUACUGAAACCUGACAGGAAUACUAGAAACUACAUAAUGAGAAGAAACCAGUCAAAAGCAUCAUAAACCUACACUGUCCCUAGGAAUUUGGGGUUAUUAAUUUAAGUUUAAAGCCUAAUAUAAACUACACGUCAAAACUGGACAUGAAACCUUUUCUGUCAGUUCUGAAUCAUCGAAACGGUAGUCAGAGUUGAGUGGAGGAGUCAGUGUUAAGUAAGGGACAGAGAACUACUAUGUUCUAAACAAUGGCCUAAAUUAAGAUGGACAAAGCCUCCUUGAAUUUUUUUUUAAG